ACGAUUCCCAUCCACCGAUUCAGUUGGCAACGGCCCGUACGCUGAAACGGUCAUAUACGCUUUUCAGUACGCUAAGAAAAAAGAAAAACCAAUUGAAGAGAUCUCUCAGAUGUGUUUUUGAAUAUUUUCCCCAAUAUUUGGAAUCCUGAGUGCCGCGAGUGUUAUUUUGAGUUAUCGCGAUUGCGGCUAAGUGCAAUUAGUGCCACAAAUUUAGUGCAAUGAAUUGGGAAAUCUAUUUCUCUGGCCAGGCGCAUCAUUAGAAAAUGAAUUAAACCAAAGAAUAUUCUAUAUAAGUGCUGUAGUGAGUGUGAUUUUUGAAGUGCUCAAAAUUCCAGUUUGCUCUAAGAUUUUCCAACGAUACUGGACAAUCUGCGGCCGCUCACAGAUUUGGAUUCGUUAAAAAGUGAAAAUUCAGCCGGGAACUGCGAGGGAAAAACAAUCCGACUGCAAAUGCAAUAAGCCCUCGACAAAAGCCCCGUCUAAACCACAGCCAAAAAAAGGGGGAAAAAAAGAAGAUAAAACGCAGCAUCGAAAACGAGGACAACAGGAGGGUUUUCGCCAGGAUUGCGUUCUUGUAUUUUGGACACACGUGCGCCGCGGCUGCGCCCGUGCCCGUGUCCUUGGCAGGACCUGUGACGUCGCCAGUUGGCUCCGGGUCCUCAAUAGCCACCAUGAAGCUGUCCAAGCUGUCCAACCAGACCAACUCACAGGAUCCGCAGGCGGUCAACUCGCGCAUCUUUGUGGGCAACCUAAAUACCUUCCAGUGCUCCAAAACGGACGUGGAGCGCAUGUUUCAGAUCUAUGGCCGCCUUGCGGGCAUAUCCAUGCAUAAGGGCUAUGCCUUUGUGCAGUUCACCAAUCCAUUCGAUGCCCGGAAUGCCUGCCACGGCGAGGAUGGCAAGACGGUCCUUAGCCAGACAUUAGAUGUCAACAUGGUGGCCGAACCGAAGGCGCAUCAAAUCGGAAGGAAACGUCAGAAUGUGAGCAAGACCGGAAACGAUUGGGACUACUUCUACGACAGCUACUGCUCUUCGGCGCUGCUGCGGGGUGGCGGCGUCGUUGGUGGGGGCGGUUCGAAUGGUGUGCGGGCCAAGAAACGAAAGCGUCUGAUGACCAACGGCGGCGGUCUAGCGGUGGCCGUGCAACAGCAACAACAGCAGCAGCACGGCCAGCAUCAUCACAGUGCGGCCGCGGUGGCUGCUGCUGCAGCAGCUGCCGUCCAUCAGCAACAGCAGCAGGUGCAGCAGCAGCAGCAGCAACACCACCAGCAACAGCAGCAACACCAGCAGCAGGUGGCUGCCGUUGCCAUGGCGGCAAUGGCCAAUUUGUUGCCGCAGCAGCAGUUGCUGCUGCAUCAGCAGAAUCUCCUCUCAAAUGCGGCAGUGGCCACAACGGCAGCAGCGGCUCCCGGAACCCUCCACUGGUCGCAAUACAAACAGGAGCAACAGCACCAUCCACAUCAGCAUCACCCGCACCACCAGCAACCGUUCGGAUUCCAGCUGAAGAGCAAUGUGGCUGUCCAGGCGACGACAUCGCCGCAAAAUGCAAAGUCUGCAAUAAUUGCUAAUCAAACGGCGCUCGGCGAGCCAUAUCCGGUUGGAGCCGCUGCCUUCGCCAGCCAUCAGCAACAUCAGCAGCAGCAGCAGCAACAGCAACAGCAGCAACAUCAGCAACCGUUGCUUCAACCGUUGACUCUGGCAUUGUCCCCACAGCAACCGCAGCCCCAUCAGGCGGCAACGCCACUACAAUUGCACAGCCAAUUGAUGCAGCAACAUCAACAGCAGCAGCAACAACAACAACAACAGCAGCACCAGCAGCAGCAACAUGCUCAGGAGCAAUUAAGUUUGCAUCAGCAAUGGGGACCAUUCAAAGUCUACAGCAAUCCGGACACAUUAAUCUGCGGCAAUUGCCGGGAAUCCUUUGGCGAGCUGUCUGAGUUAUUGGACCACAAGAAAAGUUAUUGCAAGCUGAGGUUCACAUGCAAGUGCCAGGAUGUUGCCUUUGCGGCAAGUGCAAAGACUCCGCCGACGAGCGCCAAAUUGCUGUGCGCCGUUUGCAAGGAUGCGUUCGCCAAUCCUUGGGAUUUGAUGGUCCACGCACAGGCCGCCCACAUGGUUAACAUUUACGAGCUUGGCGAUGAUGAGGGUAACACUACCACCACCACCAUAUCCACUGGCAGUAGCAACAAUAUUGCAACUGCAACCGUGGAGAAUGGACAUGCAAUCGCUGAUGAGGCUGCCACAAAGCAGCAGCAGCAACAGCAGCAGCAGAUGCCACAGAUGCCAGCCUCAUCAACACUUAACAAGGAGCCCAAUAACAAUAACAAAAUUAGCAACAACAACAAUAACAGCGAGAACAACAAUGGCCAUAUGUCGCCCUCGGGAACAGCGAUGAUUAUGGCCUCUGGUUCAUCGACGGACAAUGGCAUGCCCAGUGAUGUGGAUACUAACUGCCUGGAAAUCAAAUUCAGUCCCAAUGCCAGUCCCAAGGAGGUGGGUUUCAUGGCAAUACCCACGCCUGGCAGAGAUUCCCAAUCCCCAAUGAUUCUAUUACAGGAUCAGCACAGGGAUGAUCUCUCCCUGGAUGAACGGAUGUCUAGCAGCUCACAGCAGACCCAUAACUCGGAUGAACUUAAUGUUAAGCUGAUGAAUGGCUCUGUCUCCUCGAGGGGAAGUUCUCCUGGCUUGGAGGCCGAUGAGCCGCCGGCAACUAGAGCUUGUAUUGUCCGGACUCUGAGCAUUGAUACAACCGCUUCAGCUGCAGUGCCAACUGGCAACGCCUUGAGCCUGAUGUCGAACAGCUUGAGCCUUGCCCUUGCCCCUCAAUAGGUCAGAGGUCAGGCGGAGGGUCAAAAGCAACUGGAAAGGACAAACGGGCUCAAUGGACACUCCUUAGUGUGUCGACUUGUGCUAUCGUAAUCCGAUACAAGUGCAAUUUCUUCAGUAUUUUUGUAACAGACUAACCCCGGAGGGAAGCUAAUAAGUCAGAUUGAGAAAUAAAAACGAAUAACGUAAAUUACAGCAAACAUAUCAUUUUAAAUUAGCCAUAGAUAUGACAUAUAUAGCAUAUACUGCUAUAGCUAUAUAUCAAUUACAGCCAUGAUGUGUACGUUUAUAUGUAAUGUAUUUGUAUUCGUAAGUGUAAUUGUAAUUGUAAAAGCCAUUGUGUUUUUCGUUGUUGUUCUUUGCAUGUCCUUUGGGUUUAGCGUUUCAAACGAAAGGGUAUUUAUUUGGGUUUCAAAACUGCAUAAGUGAACGUAUAGGUAAAAUUAUGGAAAGCUUAAACUGUCAUCGCCAAUGGCCGGCGAUGCCAAUUGAAUGGUAAUCGAGCUUUGUAUAUAGUUAAUACCACUUACAAGGAUACAAAUUACGGAAUUAUAUAAGAUAAUUGUUAUUAACCAGGCGUAUGCCGUCUGGCCAGUUUAUAUUUUCGAUAUAAUUUAUGGAAUAAAUUAAUCAUAGCUCGUACUACAAAACCAAAAUUUAACCCACGCAAAUUGUAUAUCAAAAGUAGCAUAGGGACAACAGGUGUUUCAAAAACAAAUUAAGGAGCAACAUGCUAUAAUAAUAAUCAUCUAGAAUCAUAAUCAAAUAUGCGUAAUAUUAAUAGCGACUAUAUUCUGUAAUAACUAUAUCAAAAGUAGCGGCUAUGUAAAUAGGUUAAUCAACGUAUCAUGUACUUACCAAGCAAACAAUUUGUAAACAGUAACAACAUUCAAUUCAAUGUCCUCCAGCUAAACAAAUGUAAACCCAGAAAAUGAAAUGUAUUAUGCUAAAUGAGAAUACCAAAUAUAUAUAUAUAUACAGAU